AUGACUGAACAGGACCAACAAGCACUGCAGAAAGGAUUCCAGGGCCUGGGAGACAACAUCGACAGAUUCUAUGCGAGACCCUUGCAGAAGGCCGCGUAUUUGUGCAUGAGCAAGUGCAACGACAACAGCAAGAUGUCCAGCGAAGCCGUCGCCGCGUGCAUGAAAAGGUGCGAGGGCCCGCUGCAGGAGAUCAACAAGGUCGUCCAGGAGGAGGUUGGUGGCUUGCAGAACCGGAUGCAGCGCUGCGCCAUGGAUUGCGCCGCCGAUGCGAAGGACUUGAUUCCGGCCGGGGCGAAAGAGGGGGAUGCGGUUGUGGAGCGAGCAAUGGCGCAGAACAUCAAAUGCACAAGCGGGUGCGCGAAGAAGCAUCUGGCGCUUCUGCCAAAUAUAGAGGCGAAAAUUAAGGCGGUUGCGGAAAUGGUGGCAAAAUCGAGUUGACGAUCCACGCCGAAGGAUGUUCGCUGACUUUUCUUUUUUCUUUUUGAAGAAAGGGAAGGACACACCUUGUUGCUACUUUUGAUAAAAUAGUUGGAGCCAUUUCGUGCUUCGUUUCAGUACGGUAACGAGAUUGUCCUGAAAAAAUCGGGGGGGCUCCGGUGCACAAAAUUUCCGUUGGUCCCCCCGUCACCGAAAUUUUACAUUUUGGGGCUAAUAGUUUGGUUUUGUGCAUGAAGAGAGUGAUGAGGGAGGGCACUGAAGGUUCCGCGCAACUCCUGUUGGGAAAAUAUUUCAUUGCGGCGUUCCCAUGUGUGUCGCUCGAUACGUUCGACGGCACGGCGUUAAUUCGGGCUAGCCGGCGUAAUGAUUUGAUCUGUUAACUUGGAGGUUGACAACGUUCUUGCGAGAAGCGAUAUGGUGGUCCGGUAUUGUGAAAGGGCUGUUUUCCGUUGUGCUCGUUAACUGCUGUGCCGUGCAGCGACGUUGAGCUGCCACACACUCCAAGAACGGGAUGGAAGGCGUGGUAGAGGGAAGAUGGUCGGAACGGUUCUUAAGAUAAUGUCAAGACAACUUUUGAUCGAUGUCGAUCGAUCUUGGGGCACACCAAAUGGAGAGGCUUGUUGACCGUUGAUCUCCCCAGGCACGCGGAACAACCCGCAGGGCUAUGCACACGCAUAUGUACGCCAGUCUUACUCUUGCCCGUCUCUUGACUCGCGACUCAGCACAUUGAUUCUGUAUCCAAUGAUGAACCGAAUUUUCUUGGAGACGACUCGUUCGCCAGUUUUUUUCUUUUAUUUUCUGCGUAUCUAAAUCCCCCGAUGAUGGGUAUUUCGU